CUGUAGUAAUGGAAAUGGGCAAAAACCUGCAACCCAUCAGGGACUUGAUUGACAGUUUGGGCCAAAAAACUGGCAUUAUCACCAAGAUAAAUGAAAUUCUCAACAAAAUUGAUGAGGUUUUAGCAGAAUAUGAGAUUGAGGCAAUGGUUGAGAAAAUCAUCGAUAAUGCUGUGAAUUUAAUGAAACAAUAUGAACUAAGGGAAACUAUGCAAUCAGCUGCAAGUUACCUAAACUCUUUUGACAUGAAACCAGUAUUUGAUAGAAUCUUUGAACAAAUGAAUGAGCUGACAAAACUACUAAAUAGCAAAGUCAUUGAAAUGAUGGCUUGUGAUUUUGACACCUUGGCUGAUGAAGUAAAGCAGAUGGUAACUGACCUCAUUAGGGUCCCCUGCUUUGGAAUUCUGCAUGGUGAGAUUGAAAUCAAAUCCUCGGAGCACACUCUGAAGACCAGUGCUGAACUUAAUAACUCAACAGACAAAUUCACUGCUAACCUGAAUUCUCAGUUCCAGACACCUAUUGAUCUCUUGGUGUACACCUUUGAUGCCACUGCUCACCUUAGCAUCACCAGAAUGAAAGAGCUGUCUUUGACUGAGACAGUGAAAGCAAAUCACGUGGCUUUCUCUCUUGAUCACGAGGGAUUCAUGUCCAUCAAUGGCCCUAUUGCCCAGGUAUCUUCCAAGACCACAGCUAAGGCAACGACAGAACCAUACAGGGCUGACUUAGUGAACAAUGCAUUUCUGAGCACAGAAAAUGGCUUCUCAGGUACUUUGGAGACCUCUUACAUCCACAGUGUGAACAUGCCAGUGGCCAACAUCUUCAGUGAAGCCACAAUGACCCAAAAAGCUGCUGCUCAGCUGGAAUCUGGCAUAAUCACCCUCACCCUUGGAAAUAAUGGCAAAGGAAAAUUGUCUGUCUUUGAUUAUUCUGAUGAAGGAACCCAUAAGAGUAACUUGGAGAUUCUGAUAAACGUGGAGUCCAUAAAACUGACUUUUGAUGGUGACACUGACAGCAGUCUUCUCAAGAUGACGCAAAAAGUUGAUGUUGAGACUAGAGGUUUGACUCAGAUCAAGUUGAAUGUGCAUGCAGAGACAGAAACUCCUUUUAUCAAGAAAAGCAUUGCAGAAGUGAAAGGGCAGAUUCGUUUGAUGGAACCCAUGCUUGAGCUGAGUGGGUCUCAUGAUGCUGAACUGAUUGGCAAAGUUGAAGGCACCAUUACCAACUCAGUUAACUUCAAGGCUGUGCCUUUUGAAAUGAUCUUUGACACCAAGAACAAGAAAAACACUACAGUAAUGCUUCCAUUUAGGUUGUCCAGUAAAGUUGAUUUGCAGAACGAUAUGGCUUUAACUCUGAAUCUCUCUGUGCAGCAGGCCAGAUGGACCAGUCUUGCUAGGUUAAAUCAAUAUAAGUAUUCUCAUUUCAUUAGUAUGGCUAAUGGUGAGAAGGAAAUUCAGUUCUCUGCAUCAGUCAAUGGUGAGGCUGACUUUAAUGUGCUCACCUUGCCGAUUAACAUUCCUAAAUUGACUGUCCCAUUCAUUACCAAUGGAAUACUGUGUGUAGAGAAAUUUUCUUUAUGGGAGGACACAGGCCUUAAAAAAAUCUUGAUCACACCUCAGCAGACCUUUGAUAUGGAUGCAAAGUUUAAGUAUGUGAAGAACCCUGAGAUGUUCAACAUGCAACCAGUCCUCAAUUCUAUUAUUAGGAAAAUUAAAAUACCCAUUUUCGCAACUGCCAAAACCACAUCUGAAACAUAUUAUUGUCCUUAUUUUGCCAAGAUCACUCUUCCCAAUAUUAAGGAAUCAAUUAUGAUCCCUGUCAUGGGAGACCUGACCUAUGACUUCUCUGUGAAAACAGCUAUGAUCAUUAUUAAUACCAAGGCUGAUAUCUUUAAUCAGGAUGAAAUUGCUGCCCAGUUUGAAACUCAGGUUAGCUCUGAGUUUGGUGUACUCAAUGGCAAAACCAGUGGCUCUGCCACCUUCAACAUGAAUUCAGGGAUGAAAUUGUUUACCAAUCUAAUUGUGGAGCAUAAAUAUUUUGAGAACAACUAUAAUGGAGUUCUUGAGACCAACACAGAACUCUCAAAGGCUGUUAUUUCAAAUAUUGCCAAAGUAAAUCUUCCAGAUGUGAAAUUUAUGCUUUACCACAAUUUAACUGGAAAUACAGAAGAAGGUCUUACUGUUUCUGUAUCAUCACCAUCUGCUGGACUCCUUGGUCUUCAGCUGCAGAGCAAGAGCUUAUCCCACCACACAGGAAGACUUUUUGGUGCAAACCCAUCUGAGGAUUACAUGGACAUGCUAAAGGUUGAUAUUGCAAUAAAGGACCCAAACAGACUGAGUUUCCAGACACAGUGGAACAAGGAGCUCCCUGGUCAAAUUCUUUUGUGGCUGAAGAAGAAAGUUGCUUCAUUUAAGGAUUUGAAAGACACAGUAACAUAUUUCAUCAGUGCACUUUACAAUGACAUCAGCAAUAAGUACGAGAAGCUAGAAAGUAUCAUUGAUCACUGUCUGAAGGAACUGCCUGAAAUCCUGAAAUUAAGUGUGAAGAAAGCAGAGGAGCUCAUUAGCUCUAUCAAAUUUCAAGAUCUGGGCAAGCUCUCAUCCUGGAUCAGUAAAGUUUUCUCUGAUGCUGUCAACUCCAACAUCCUGAAUGAAAUAGCUGAGCAGGCUGAGAAGACCAGGAGAAUUAUUGAAGGCUAUUAUAAAACUGUCAAAGCCAAGGCCCAGAACAUUUUUGCUGAGAUGACCCUUGCGCAACUGACUGAAGACACCCAGGCUUGGAUUGAAUCUACUAUGACCCAUCUGGAAGUUCUUAUGAACCAAAUUAUUGAGACCCUCAAGGAUGCCAAGAAUAUUCAGUCCUAUGUGAGACUGAAAGACACAGAAUUGAAUAUUGACAUUCCUAUUCCAUUCAUAAGGAAUUUCUUCAGUAGAAUGAUUUCACAUCCUUGUACCAAAACACUAAGCUAAACUUUGCCAAGAGAAAUUAUCAAAUGAUUACUGUUAUGCCCACAAAAUAUUUGCCCAAGCUGCUGUGGUUCCUUCUUUUUGUUUUGUAAGUAACUAAUUUAGAAUAGUGUUCUUUAAAGAAAAUAGCUGAAUGUUACGAUCUAUCUUAUUAUUGU